CGAUUUUUUUUUACCAUCAUACCGCUAAAUAUGCACCAGUGCACAGUCAUCUUAAAUCUCACCAAGUCAGAAGUACUCUCCACCAUAUAAAGGCAUCAAGGCCAAAGUUUUUCCUUCACCUCUUACAGCCUUUCCAAUAAUUUUCCCUAGUUUAUAAAAUACUUUUUUGGGAUUUCUAGGGUGUCGCUCCAAAUACUUUAAAGGGAUGGAUCUAAGUGGGAAGAUGGUAAGGGAAGUAGAGAUCAAGUCGGAUGGAGAUGUGUUCCACGAGAUCUUUCGAUACAAACCACAUCACAUAUCAACUAUGUCACCUGGUAACAUUCAAAGUGUCGAUUUGCAUGAAGGUGAUUGGGGGACUGUUGGUUCUGUCAUCUUAUGGAAUUAUACUCAUGAUGGGAAGGAGAAGACUGCUAAGGAUAUUAUUGAAGCAAUAGAAGAGAAAAAGAAGUUGGUGAGGUUCAAGAUAGUUGAAGGAGAUCUCAUGCAGCUUUACAAGACGUUCAUAAUCACUGUUCAUGUGGACACAAAAUUAGGGGGCAACAACUUGGUGACAUGGACCUUUGAGUACGAGAAGCUGAGAGGGGAUGUUGAAGAUCCCAACUCUCUCAUGGACUUUUGCAUUGUGCUCACCAAAGACAUUGAGGCUCACCAUCUCAAGUAAUGCUACCAGAUCGGGUAUAUGUUUGUAUGCCAUAUAUACAUACUAAGUUCAUGAUCUCGUUUAGGGAUUAGUCGGGAUGUGUGCAAAGACCUCUGACGACAAUCUCGUAAAAAGAAAAAAGUUAAAUAAGUAAACAGAUCAUGAGGAUAUCUUUAGCUUGCUUUGUGCGCUGUGCUUCUGUGGUCGAAGUAACCACUUAAGAUUGGAAUUAGUGUGUAUGUUGCUAAUAUAUAUGAGUGGGGUGUGCAAUCUUUUUUUUUUUUUUUCUGAUAGUUAUGGCAAUAUGAGUUGCUUAUGUUUGUGUAAUAUAUUUUCCUGGUGAAGCUAGCGUCAUUCUCUUAUUGUAUAUGUGAACCCUAAAAUGUAAUGAAUUUUCAUGACGAAAGCUGUAUCA